UUUGCCCCGAGUGCUAUCGUCGUCACUCGUCAUCUUGCUCGUUCGGCUACGCAUUCUUUUCCCGGCUAUUGGUCUCUGUGUCGACCCUAAAGCCGCGACUGAUAACCUUUUCAUCCCGAGCCACCACCACUGCGUCCCUCCGGGAACGACUAUCUGCGUAAACACGGGCCUACGAAAUGCUGGAAUCGCACGCCGCGAUGCCAGUAGUAUCGCCGAGACGCCGAGGAUGAUGUGGUACCACGCUCGUUUUCCCGCCAUUUUAGUUCUAUGUCUCGUCGCCACUUCCGUCCACGCGAUUUACGAUCCCAAAGAAGUGACAACGAAAGCACCGAAUCGAAGAGAGUUACUGCUUCCUUGGUAUUUGGAAGGCAAAGGCGACUCCAGCCAAGAUCUAUCGCGUUCUCCAAAAUGGCAGACGGACCCAGACAAGCAAGUCACCAACAAGCCCUACGUGGUAGACGCUCAACUGCAGAAAACAUGGACUCCAUGGGAAGAGAACGAGGAUGAUUCUCAAAGUCAGUCGAAUCUUCAGCAUGGUUAUGAUUUGGAGUUCAGUCAAUUCGAGCACGCGGAACAUAAAACGAAGAAAAUUUCAGGAAAAACUAAUCCACCUGCAGAAGAUGAUCAGGAUUUUUACGAAGGAGUACCUGCUGACAGUACGAAACCCCGCAAAGAGAAGCUUCCUCUGCCAACGAAAGCAAAGCUCACGGUGGCUCGACAUGACAGCGAACGAGGUGUCCAAUGUCCAGAAUCCGAUUCAACAGGGGAGUUCGUGUAUCCCCUCGAUUGCAAAUUCUUCGUGAGCUGCUGGAAGGGUAGAGCUUUCGUCCAGCCAUGCGCCCCUGGCACUCUGUUCAAUCCAGAAACUUUGGAAUGCGAUUUUCCCCACAAAGUCAAAUGUUAUGGCGGAGAAAUAGCCGAUUUCCCAUCGAACGUGCACCAUGAUUCUUCGGGAAGACGAGAACCAUUGUCACACGGUAGUCACCAAGGUUUCAUUGACCAUAGGGGAAGGCCACAGGAACCGCAAUGUCCACCCUAUGUGACAGGUAUGCUAGCACACCCCUCAGAUUGCACGAAAUUCCUGCAAUGUGCACACGGAGGAACGCACAUCAUGGACUGUGGUCCUGGCACUGUGUUCAAUCCUGCCAUCAGUGGUUGCGAUUGGCCUAGAAACGUGAAAGGCUGCGAAGAUGCUCUGAAGCCUGAAGGAGACACAACGACACCGCUGGUUCCAUUUUACUACGACAGUAAUGGACGAUUACAGCACAGAAAACCUGAACCACCGAAGAUCUCCUGCCCUGCAGAUUUCACAGGGUUGUUACCCCAUCCUGAGACGUGUACGAAGUUUCUUCAGUGCACGAAGGGAGGAACGUUUAUCAUGGACUGUGGUCCUGGCACAGCGUUCAAUCCCCUAAUUUCCGUCUGCGAUUGGCCUUACAAUGUACCUAGCUGUGUCAAAGAUAAAUCAUCGGGAACGCACCAAUCAUCGGGAGGUUCAUCAACCCACUUCGGCUCCGGACAUCGAACUUCGCUCUCCUCAGGUUCCACUGGCUCAAGAACCUGGCAGCCUCAUCAAUACGAUCACAGUUCUCCAGAUCAUCACAGACCAAACUACAACCGAGGAUAUCCCAAUAUUCCCGCGACAACAGCUCAUUCGAGAACGGAUUGGGACCUCCUGAGGCCAACUUGGAAGCCAAGCACUUGGACCACUGCCACGCCACCCUAUUCUCAAGGCCAACAUCCUUCUAACACCGACACACAACAGGGAAAUACCGAUCAGCAGCACCGAUACAGUGAUCAUGGCCAGUGGCCAAACUCGGGUCAUCCUCAUCAUCACUGGGACCACAAUCACGGAACAAUUGAUCACAGCCCGAGUUACCAUCACCAUCACCAUCACUAUAGCAAUUACUUCCCUCACGGAGUGCCUUACAAUGCCAGCAGAGAAUCCGAAACACAGCAGCCUGCUUCUCCCUUCGAGCCGUCCAAUCCUCAAAGACCUGAAGGCCAAGAAAGUGGAACUAAUUAUGCAAACCGCGUGUACCAGCACGAACAUCACCACUUUCAUCACGGUGUCCAAGGCAUACCUCAGGUGACUCCGAGUUACUGGGAUUCCGACGACUCUGCGACAGAUACCCAGCAGACUCAGCAGCCUGUCUCCGAGAUGGACGAGGAGGAAAAGACUCCUGAUAAAAGAUUCGAUCUCUCGUCGAAUCCUGGCUUCGAGUUUAGCGAAGGCAACGUGCCACCGAACCGAAGAAGCGGUCAAGAGUUCACGCCUAAUAGACAAGAGUAUGGGAGAAUCGGUCCUGACUACCCACAGCGCGGACGUGAUCCAAAUUCUCGCGUUUACAAUAAUCGUGGGUACCAGGUGCCUGUGGACGAGUCGAGGGUGGAUGGACAGCCUACGUGGAAUAGAAGGACGUGGGACCGGGGUGAGCAGCAUGGAUCAUACAUGCCACACAGUGACAACAGCUGGAAUCCACAUGGACCAGGACAUACACAGACUCGACAGUGGAAUCAAGAUCCAGUCAACGGGGAUGACAAAUUCCGUGACAGGGACUCUAGAACGAAUGUUUAUCAAAGCACAGCUGAUAGAGAAGCAGACUCGAAGAUGGAUGCAUGGGCGUCGAAAACGAAUAUUCAUCUGCAGAAGAAAGGACAACGUGGAUCAGGUCUUAAGAAUACCGUAACCGAUUCGACGAAUCUUUUGUACCCAAAUGGCAUAUACGUGAACGUGAAUGGCACGAGGGGUCAUUUUAUCACGAAGGAAAUCGAAGUGAACCAGGGUCAUUCUAAAACGAAGAAUUAUAGCCCCAAUGAUCUUCAAAACUCCAAUACGUAUAGCAAACCCGAUCAAAAUGUCUAUGUCGAUUCUCAGACGAUGAAUUUCGAUUACAUACCGUCUAUGGUUCUUCAGCCACCACCUCUCAGUCCCAUUAAACCUUCAGUUGAAUCCAGCACCACGGAAAGUAGAAGUACUUCUCAUGGGUAUGGUCAUCGAAUGCCUAAGCAUUGGAUGGAUAACCCAAAUUCAAUGGAUAACAAAGAUUUAGCAGAAUCUGAUACGAAUUACCACCGCGUAGUCGUGCCAUCGUUGACUCUCGAGCCGCCAUAUCCAGAUGAAGACAGGCCAUCCCCGUUUCCAGUCGACACUUCAAGGAACAACAAUUACGUUCCACCAGUUCCAUCCAUCUAUUCGCAAUCACCACAUCACCAGAACACUCGUACAAACGCAACGUUUCCCAUCGGUUGGCAAUAUCCGGCUGAACCAGUUGUCGAGCCCCAGCAGCCACCCUACGAACCAAUAAACCAGGAUACUCCCAAUCCUGCAACGACGGAGACCAAUCGAGAUCCAGGAUCGACCACCAAUUCUCAGCCACCGAGUCAAUUGACACCUCCAAGCUUUAUGCCAAACACUAACGGUCGAUAUCCCAAAGUUCCAUCUGUCAAUCUCGAACCACCGUAUGAAGAACCCAGUAAUCGUUACGACGAACCCUCUUACACGUCCAGCAGUUCUACUCAAAGGAUUCCAGAGGAUCCCGAGUCGGUUCCACCGAAGAAAAGGUUCCUUCAGACCACUGCAGAAGCUGAGACCACAACUGCUGAGACCAUGACAACUGCUGAGAUCAUGACAACUGCUGAGACCAUGACAACUACUACGACACUCCCGAGUGUGCCAAUCGAGUCGGUGGAAGAAGAGAGUUCUACGAAAAUCGACUAUCCAGACAUUGUUGAGCCUGAUCCCGAAGACGACGUGGAUGUGCUGGACGACAAGAAAAUUUGGAAACCGGUGUUGGUUUUCGAGAAUAAAACUCAAGCUACCACGGAGUCCUCUGCUAUUAUGAAAAUCAAUAAGAAGAAGGUUGACGUUGAUCUUUUUAAUAUCGAGGCUCCACCAUUCGAAGAAGAGGAACCACCGUUCCCGUCAUACUAUGUUCCACCAGUGGAACCAAUAGAUCAUUCCAAAAAUACCGCUCAGCCGACACCAAUUUCUGGCCAGGUGGUUCGACUUAGAGGUGGUUCUGGACCACACGACGGAUACGUGGAAGUUCAAGGUGUAAAUCCUGGGUGGGGCAUCGUUUGCGAUAAGAGAAACGGCUGGUCUUUGAAGGAAGCACACGUUGUAUGCAAACAACUUGGAUAUACCAGAGGCGCCGAGAUGGCUUGGCAAGGGAGAACCGAUCGCGGUGACGUGCCAACUUGGAUCGCAGCAAACACCGUCUCGUGUCAAGGCAACGAGAGCAAAUUUCAAUCGUGCAAAUUUACACACGAGCAAGAGUGUCGCAUAGAGAAAGAGGCGGUCGGUGUGAGAUGCAUGUUAAAUCGCGUGGCUUAUUGUGGGAAAGACGAAGUGCCAUACGAAGGGUACUGUUACCAUGUGGGCAAACCUGACAGUGCCUUGAACCAUCAAGAAGCAGUAGACUAUUGUUCGCAAAGGCAAUCAGGUCUCGUCGAUAUCUCCAGUCAGGCGGAGAACGAUUUCAUCUCUGAAUGGCUGCUGCAAAAGUACCCAGAGGUCACGUCGAUUAUGACUUCUGGCGUCGGUUUCUUCAGUAUGAAUAACAUAAUCUGGGUCUGGGAGGAUUCUUCUCGCGCGAAAUUUAGGUUCACGAAAUGGUGGCCAGGCUGGAAGGAGGACAAGAAACACCCUCCACACGUGGGCUCUCGUCCUCUUUGUAUCAUAAUGAAGCGCAAAUUUCCAUGUCACGACAGGCCAGACUCGAUUUGCGUUGCUGAUUACUUCUUCUGGGAUGCGGAGGACUGUGCUUCCUCUGGCAAGGGUCACUCUUACAUUUGUAAGAGAUCUUACAACGACAUUGGUUGCAUUUAUGGGAAAGGAAGCCAGUAUGCUGGAAAUGCGAAUGUAACAGUUUCAGGCAAGGAUUGUCUAUCAUGGGGUGAUCCAGAUGUUGCUCAUUCGCUUCUAAUUAACAUCGUUAACACAGAGAUGAGAGAAAAAUUAAAGAGCCACAAUUACUGUAGAAAUCCGAAUCCGAACAGAGAGAGCAAACCAUGGUGUUACACUGGACCAUUUGGAGAACGAGAACAGUGUGACCUUCCUGCUUGUGGAAAUACUGCAAUCACUACCGGUUUUCAAAGAUCGCGAUCGAUAAGUCAGUGCAAGCCUAAGCAUUUCGAAUGUUCUCUAGGAGAAUGCAUCCCAUCACCUUGGGUUUGCGACGGCGAAGAGGAUUGCACAGAUGGAUCGGACGAGAGACAUUGCGCUUCUUACAUGAGCCAUUUCGAAAAGUAUCCUAAGAAUAAAUUGGAAGGGCAUGAUGUUGAAAAGUGGUUGAACAUGCCAUUGAAAACGUGCGCCCUUAGAUGCAAGGAAGCUGAUUUUGUCUGUCGAUCAUUUGCACAUAAGUCCGAGGGAAAUGUUUGCCUUCUAAGUGACGGCAACAUAGGAAUGACAGGGUCGUUGAAACCUGACAAGGAUUUUGAUUACUACGAGAUGAAGGAAAGAAGCGUUAACUGCAACGGAAUGUUCAUUUGCGAGAAUCAGAAGUGCAUAAACAAAACGCAAGUAUGCAAUGGGAAGAAUGACUGCAACGAUCGUAGCGACGAAAAGGCUUGCACUAAAGAAAGAUUAGACUACGACAUUCGAUUAGCUGGUACGAAUAAUAAUCACGAGGGCAGAGUCGAAGUUAGAAUUUUGGGCGUUUGGGGACAAGUGUGCGACGAUGCUUUUGACAUGAUCGACGCCGAGGUAAUUUGCAAAGAGCUUGGUUUCGAGUUUGGCGCACUGAAGGUCGUAACUGGGGGAUACUUUGGUAACAUGGAUCCACCGACAAGAUUUGUAGUUGACGAAUUGAAGUGUCGAGGCAACGAGACUUCCUUGCGCGAAUGCGAUUCCGAGGGAUGGUUUGUCCACAAUUGUCAACCCGAAGAAGCAGUAGGUGUGACUUGUAAGACUGCGGUCAAUACUUGUCAGGAAGGUUACUGGAAAUGCGACAACAGUCCAAUGUGUAUUCCAAUUGCGUAUAUAUGCGACAUGGUUGAUGACUGUCAAGAUCGUUCUGAUGAAAGUGCCGAGCAUUGUGACGCUCCAUUCGCGAUACGUUUGGCAAAUGGAAGUUCACCUUCCGAAGGAAGAAUUGAAGUUCGUCAUCAUGGCGUAUGGGGUACAGUCUGCGAUGACGACUUUACGGAUAAAGCUGCCACAGUGGUUUGCAGGUCUUUAGGGUACGGUGGACCUGCUAUUGCAAAGAAAGAUGGCUUCUAUGGACCAGGAGAGGGACCAAUAUGGCUGGACGGAGUUUUCUGUUACGGUAACGAGACCCAGCUGUAUCGAUGCGAGCACAGUAUGUGGGGUGAACAUAACUGCAAUCACAACGAGGACGCAGGUGUGAUUUGUACACCUGGAGACGUUAACAAUUCCAAGGUAAAUCGAAACAAUCUCCCCCAGUAGAGGGCGGAAAUUCAAAGUUAGUAAUUUCCUUGAAUGCAUAUUUAAUCAAAUCGUUCAAUGUCAAUAGACCUUGAACACAUGGCUGUGCUGCGAACAAAUUGAUACUUAGAAAAAUUAAUUCUUUAUCCGAUCUUAUUUCUCGGGGUAGGCUAAGAAUUAUAAUUAAUCUUGUAUUUAACCAUUUAAUAUGUAUCGAUGUCAGGAUUUGGAAUUCAAAAAAAUAGCUUCAGGAAUACUCGAAAGGGAUCACAUUAAACUUCUCUCUUCCUCACCUAAUAUUCCUUAAUUUUUAUACGAUAUAUAUC